AUGAAUCAUAUUAAUAAUAUCAACGUGUUUUGCGAUAGCUUUCUGGAAGGGAAUAUGAUCCUUUAUAAACAUUAUGACGACGAUAACAGCACGGUAUUUCGAUUUCGAAACAAGCAUACGGUAGAGCGUGGAAUCGGUGGGUUUAGCACAUUUGGUCUUCUUCCCAAGAUUGAUGUCUCUAAUAUUUACGCUAUAGUUAUAAAAUUUCAAGAUAGAAACGUAGAAGAAGCAUGCACAUUAUUAGAAAAUUGUGAAAUUCCCGCUCAACAAAUGAUUCAAGAUAAUAGAAAGUCAGUUAAAGGUGAAAAUUUUAUCAACUUUCUUAAACAAAUGGAAUUUUACGUGACAAGAGAGGAGCAUACCUUUUUUACGUCAUAUUUGGUAACUAUUAAAAAGUCGCCUGAUGAUGAACCAAGACACGAAUCCUUGGAAAUAUUGUAUCAUGAUAAAAUUAAAACGGAAUUAGGCUUGGAUAGUUUUGGUACUUUUGGUACCAAAAUUGCGCGAACUAUUCUUACAAACUUUCUUAGCAAUCAAGUAGAUAACACGUCAUCUUAA